AUGGCGGACGACGGUUAUCGGCAUUGCCUGCAACAAGCAAUUGCAGUCAUUACCUCUGAAGCUGGUUAUACGUCUAUAUCCAGCUUGGCACUUGAAACUAUAACAGAGAUGAUACAAAGUGUUCUCUGCGAAAUUGGACGUUGCUCUCAAUCAUUUUGCGAAAUAUCAUCUCGCACCAAGCCAACUUUGUGUGACGUUGAACAAACUUUAAUCAACACCGUUGGAUUCACUAUUCAAGAUGUGGCGAAUUAUUAUCUACAUGCACCAACGAGGAAAAUCACUUCACCUGAAAAAUUAAAUGAAAAAUCUCAACCAAAGCUUAUGACUGUGGGUACACCGCUGCCACUACCGAGCUACAUCCCAGACCACUUACCGCCUCUGCCUAGUCCACAUACUUACAUUCGAACUCCGACAUACAAGUUUCCCAGUACUGAAUAUGCCACAGUGAGGAAAAAGCGCUCUGAAAGUGUAAGAUGCAGCCGAAAUAGCCUUAUCAAAUUUAUCGUUAAAACAUCCGGCACGUUAUCGCUUGUUCAUGAAGAUUUAAAUGAAAAGAACUAUGUUAAGAAUAAAGAUUAG